UAGUCUAGACUCUAGUACUCUACUAGACGACUCUCUAGUCUAGUUACUAGUAGUACUAGAUCUAGAUCUAAGUAGUUCUGCCUAGGCUUGCCCUAGGCCUAGACUCUACUCUUCUAUUCUAAUUAUAAUUAUAAUAGAAUCUGUCCAUUAUUUAUUAGAUAAUUAAUAGUCUAGAUGUCUAGAUUUAAAUCUAGAAAAAUAAUCUUAAAUCUAGAUUAUACUAGAUAGUCUAAAUCUAGAUUGACUAGAUUAAACUUAAAGAUUUCUGUUCUAGAUCUAGUUAUGAUUAGAUUUAUUAGAUCUUCUCUUCUCUACUCUACUAACUCUAGUGAACUCCCCGUCUAGACUAGAAUAGUAGAAUCAAGUUUUAUAAUUUAUACUCUUAAAGCAUUUGAAAACUAUUUUAAAGUAUUUAAAAAAAAAAUGAAUGUUGUUGAAGUUUUUGUAGGAAAUAAUUGUGUUAUAAGUACAGAUAUUUAUGAUCUAUGGCUCAAAGGGCACACAGCUCAGGAAGCAGCAAAGUCCCAGCAGAGUAAGGUUCCCCUCAAGACUUAUGGUGCUACAUUUGAAGAUUUAUACACUGAUGUCAUUGACCACUACAGAAUAUUUGCUGGACUGGAAGAGAUGUUGAAAACACCAACUCGCCUCAGCCAUCAGCUAGUUUAUCAAUUUGACACAGAAACGAUUGAUAUGUUGAUACAGAACUUUGAUGCAUCUGUCAUAAGAGAAAUAUUUGGUCGAAAAUUGAACUCAAGAAGCAGAAAAGAUCUUGAUGACCUAAGUGAAGAAACUGGAGUCCCUCUUAGAAGUUGUAGGCGUCAGUUUGACAAUGCUAAAAGAGUUUUUAAAACUGUUGAAGAAAUGAGUGGACGGUUAGUUGAUAACAUUCAGACACAUUUUUGUCUUAAAGAAGAUCUGGCCAAAGCAUAUGCUGCUAUAGUUUUUAUCACAAAUAACAGAUUUGAAACUGGUAAAAAGAAAUUAAAUUAUUUAACUUUUGAAGACUUUGCUGUGUGUGCCAAUCAUAUGAUAUCAAACUGGUCCUAUAGCUCUGAAGAUUGUCAAAACCAUGAAGAUAUGGAUGUAGAUAUGGACAGAGAUUUUCUCAUGGAUUUGAGAGAAGUUAAAGUUCUCAUGGAGAGGGAGUAUGCUGAAGAGCAUCGCAGUUUAAUGUUACGAGUUCUUCAACCAACAGUGCGUGAAAAAGUGCUGACAGAAAUGGACAAUAAUUUCAGAUCUGUGUCAAAGGCAAUUAUCAACAUUGCCAGUGGUCUCAAUCACAGUAAAGAAUCUAGGGAUAUUUUCAUAGAUGUUUUUGAAAAGCUAAUAGAACCUUGGGUUCAGAUGUCAUGGAGCAAGAGUGAUGCUUACCACUUUCUGAAUGCUUUCAAAGAUACAGCCUUGCAGUUGGAUCUUUUCAGGACAUCUCCCAAGUUGGUAAAAAUCUGGGAACGUUUCAUGUCUACAUUCAAUCCACUUGUUCUACAAAUGUAUCCAAAAACAUAAAUGUCUUCAUCACCUGGCUGGCUGCAGAUAUAGUGAGCCCAUUCUAAUUGUAAUAUAUUUGUACAAAGUUUUCUUGACAUUACUAGGAUUAUUUAUGAAGAAUUAAAUUUUGAUUUUGUAUA